GGUGAGACAAAGAAACAACAAGGAGGGAAUUAGCGAGCACUGCUGCAAGAGAACAACAGUGUUAUACGCAGGUAGGCCCUUGUUUGCAUACGGUAGCGCAUAGCCGGAAGUUGCGGAUAAGUCGAUCGAGAAUCGGAGCCAGCGAUCGAGAUCCGGCGGUCACGGCAGUAGAGAAAUCGAGCGCGAGCAAACCGAGUAGUCGCGUAAAGAGUGAGUAACGUGCGUGUGUGUUGUGUGUGUGCGUAUAUAUGCGCCGCGCGCGGUCGUCACUGUCGUUGUCGCAGUCGCAGUUAAUUGUUAAAUUAAUCGUCGUCGUUGUCAGUGGUCGUCGUUGCGUCGUCGCUGUGCGCCGAAUAAGCACGCAGCGAUUACCGUUUUUCCGCGGAUCGGCCGCGGUGGUGCAGAAGGGGCAGGAGGAAUUGUAGGAGGAGGAGGAGGUCGGUGCGCGAGACGCCGGAACGAGAAACGAGGCGAUCGCCGCUACCAACGCCACCACCAUCGCCAGCAGCAGCAACACACCACCGCCACCACCACCACUACCACUACCACUACCACCACCACUACCACUACCACUACCACUACACCACUACCACCACUACCACCACUACCACCACUACCACUACCAUCACAUCGUUCUCAUCAUCAUAGACGUCGUCGUCGCCGUCGUCGCUACCGCCACCGCCGCGAAGGUAGCUGCGAUUUCGCCGUGGCGACAUCCGGAAGAGAAGCGUAGGAGUACGUGCGGGUACGCUGCUACUCAACGGAUCUAGCAGCGAGAGAGGUAACACGAGGGUGGAAUAUAUGCUGUGGGCGUCCCCCGUGCGAGUGGGGGCACUUGAUGGCCGCAGAAAUUGGGCGAACUGCGAGCAAACAUCAAUCGUCGGAGUGCGGUAAAGCGACGUCGCUGUCGAGUCUCGGUAGCGACGUGGGCUUGGACAACCGGGUGAUCGUGACAACGGAGUCGGAACAACCGCAACAGCAGUCGCGGCAGUUGCAACAGUCGCAUUAUCAGCAACGGCAAUCGCCACCACCGCCGCCGCCGUCGCCGCCGCCGCCGCCGCCGCCGCCGCCGCCGCCGCCGCCGCCGCCGCCGCAGCCGCAGCCGCAGCAGCAGCAACAUCCGCACGAGCGAACGUCGUUGGCCACGAUACAACCGAGGAAGACACUCGUUAAAACAACAACAACAUCAACGACUCCUCCUUGUCGCAAUCGUAAGCCGUUUGUGACCGCGCCAACGUCGGGCAUCAACCAGCAACAGCAAACUCCAACCGCAGACGUAACCUCGACGGCGGAGGCCGUCACCGAGGUACCCGGCGCCAUCAAGACGACCAUCAACAUCGGCUUCGCGAUGAAUCACGUAAACGACCAGGAGAACCUCAAGCAGCUGAGCCUCGCGCCUGUUCAGGUUAACGAGGUCGAGGAGAUGGACACGCAAGAGGAAACUCCAAAUGAUGGUGGGGGAGAUGGAACUGACAAUCGUCCUAUGAAUGGUGAACCAGAGUUAGCGUGUAUAGUUCAAGAUCAAGAAAUGGAAGAAGAUGAAGCAAGAUCAGAAGCAACUUUCCGAUAUACUGUGGAAAAUAUAUCAAAAAUGAAGGAUUCCCAAUUGUCACCUGCAUGUUAUGUUCGUAAUUUACCAUGGAAGAUUAUGGUGAUGCCACGUUCAAGUCAAACACAAGAGAGACAACCCCAGAGAUCACUUGGCUUUUUCCUUCAAUGCAAUGGAGAAAGUGAAUCUACUUCCUGGAGUUGUUAUGCAGUUGCAGAAUUGCGUCUUCUAUCUUGUAAAGAAGGACAAGAACCGUUUAGCAGAAAAAUUCAGCAUCUCUUCUAUAGCAAAGAAAAUGACUGGGGCUUCAGCCAUUUCAUGACCUGGCAGGAUGUUCUGGAUCCUGAUAGGGGUUUCAUAAAAGAUGAUUCAAUCACGCUUGAGGUUCAUGUAGUGGCUGAUGCACCUCAUGGUGUCAGUUGGGACAGUAAAAAGCAUACAGGUUACGUAGGCUUGAAGAAUCAAGGUGCUACAUGCUACAUGAAUUCUCUAUUGCAAACUUUAUAUUUUACAAAUCAGUUGCGAAAAGCAGUGUACAAGAUGCCAACAGAAAGUGACGAUUCUAGCAAGAGUGUUGCCCUAGCUUUGCAGAGGGUCUUUCAUGAAUUACAGUUUUCUGACAAGCCUGUCGGUACGAAGAAAUUAACUAAAAGCUUCGGCUGGGAGACAUUGGAUUCUUUUAUGCAACACGAUGUGCAGGAAUUUCUACGUGUGCUGUUGGAUAAAUUGGAGAGCAAGAUGAAAGGAACAUGUGUGGAAGGUACAGUGCCAAAAUUGUUCGAGGGAAAAAUGGUGUCCUUUAUCAAAUGUAAAAAUAUAGACUACAAAUCCACAAGAGUUGAAACAUUUUACGACAUACAGUUGAAUAUAAAAGGCAAAAAGAGUAUUUAUGAGUCUUUUAGUGACUACGUAAGCACAGAAAGUCUUGACGGUGAUAAUAAGUAUGACGCAGGAGAGCAUGGAUUACAGGAAGCAGAAAAGGGCGUUAUCUUUUCAUCAUUUCCACCGGUUUUACACCUACACCUCAUGCGGUUUCAAUAUGACCCAGUUACGGAUUGUUCUGUCAAAUUUAACGACAGGUUUGAGUUCUACGAAAAAAUUAGUCUCGGCAAGUAUCUGCAAAACAAAGAAGCAACGAGCGCGGAUUAUACAUUACAUGCAGUACUGGUUCAUAGUGGUGACAACCAUGGAGGACACUAUGUUGUAUUUAUUAAUCCCGCUGGUGAUGGCAAAUGGUGUAAGUUCGAUGAUGACGUCGUCUCACGUUGCACGAAGCAGGAAGCUAUUGAACACAAUUACGGUGGUCAAGAUGAGGACAUGUCUAUGGCUGUGAAACAUUGUACUAACGCUUAUAUGCUGGUUUACAUAAGGAAUUCAGAGCUGGAAAACGUCUUGCAAGAGGUCAAAGAAGAGGAUAUACCUCAAGAGCUGGUGGAGAGGCUGCAAGAGGAGAAGAGGCUGGAACAGAUAAGAAGAAAGGAGAGAACGGAGGCGUACUUGUACAUGACCGUCAAUGUCCUUCUCGAGGAUAGCUUUGACGGUCACCAAGGAAAUGAUCUCUACGACCCAGAGCACGCUUUAUAUCGUGUAUUUCGCGUACGUAAGCAGGCGACUGUACACGAUUUUCUCGAGCUACUGAGCGAUAGUUUGAAAUAUCCAAUAGAACAGAUUCGCAUUUGGCCAUUUAGCCAACGUUCGAAUCAAACCUGCAGACCUACGUUAAUCGAACCGGACGCUGAUCUUCAGAAGUCCAUCAUUGAUUGUGCGGAAAAUCACAAUCCUUGGAACGUGUUUGUUGAACUUGUUCCACCUGAUUCAGACAUGACAGCAUUACCGCCUUUCGACAAAGACACCGACGUUCUACUUUUCUUUAAGCUCUACGAUCCUAAAAACAAGAAAAUUCAUUACUGUGGUCAUCAUUAUAUGCCUGUCACUGCUAAAGUCCAGGAACUCAUACCAAUUUUAAACGAACGGGCCGGAUUUCCGCCAGAUACCGAGCUCGCUUUGUAUGAGGAAAUUAAACCGAAUCUAGUUGAGAAAAUAGAUAAUCUAACAGAGCCGCUGGAAAAGGUCCUUGAGGAAUUGAUGGAUGGUGACAUUAUCGUCUUUCAAAAAGAAGGAGAUAAUGACAUGUACGAACUUCCAACGUGUCGAGAAUACUUCAAAGAUCUGUUCUACAGGGUAGAAGUGACGUUCUGCGACAAAACGAUUCCCAACGACCCAGGUUUCACGAUGGAACUUUCUCUUAGAAUGACGUAUGAUCAAAUGGCAAAGGCAGUGGCACAACGAGUCGGCACAGACCCAUAUCUCUUGCAAUUCUUCAGAUGUCAGAAUUACAAAGAUUCUCCUGGCCAUCCCUUGAAAUGUACAUUCGAGGGUACACUCAAGGAACUGGUUUCAUAUUGCAAGUCGAAAGUAAAGAAAUUAUUUUACCAACAGCUCAGUAUUAGAGUAAACGAGCUAGAAAACAAAAAACAGUUCAAGUGCAUAUGGGUAGGCCCGUCGCUUAAGGAAGAGAAAGAGAUUAUUCUUUACCCGAAUAAGAACGGCACCGUCGCUACGUUACUCGAAGAGGCUAAGAAGCAAGUAGAAUUGUCAGAAAACGGAUCGGGAAAACUGAGGAUAUUAGAAAUCAAUUGCAACAAGCUUCUGCCUGGGCCGCGGGACGAGGUACCCUUAGAUAACUUAAACGCGUCAGGUACCAAGCUGUACAGGAUAGAAGAGAUUCCGAACGACGAAUUAAAUCUAGCAGAGGAUGAAAUGCUGGUACCAGUCGCGCAUUUUCACAAAGACGUUUUCUCAACGUUCGGUAUACCCUUCUUCUUCAAGAUAAAACACGGUGAACCUUUCCACAAAAUGAAGGAUAGACUGCUGAAGAAAUUAGGUGUUCAGGAGAAAGAAUUCGAAAAGUUUAAGUUCGCGGUGGUGUCAAUGGGGAAACCGCAGUUCAUUAUCGAUUCGCCGGACCAUUGUAUCGAUAUGACUGAUUUCCUGCCUCACACAGGCACAUCACCACACAGGCCUUGGCUUGGCCUGGAGCACGUCAACAAAGCGCCAAAGCGCUCUCGCAUCAACUACCUCGAAAAGGCCAUUAAGAUUUACAAUUAAAUUUCCACCACACGAAGAAGAAUUAAAUUAGGCAGCCACUCAUAAUAAUUUAUACGACUCUGUAUAGUGAGAGAGCGACGUCUGAUACACGAGAGGAUUGGAAAAAGAAAACAGAAAUAUGCGUUCACAUUUGUUUCUUCAGCCAGAUUAAAUAUACGUGAUUUUAAUACUAUGAAAACGAUAUCGGGAGGAAGCAAAUUCAAGCUUUGUAUACGAUGGAUUAUUAAGAGACUGUCGUGAAAUGUGCAGUGCUGUUUUAUGCAUCAUGGAAGAGCGAUAUGAUGUAGUUCCUCGACUUAAAUUUGUAAAGUUCUUAUGUAAUCACCCGAUCGGUUUGCUUUGGCGUCAUGCGAGAUUCGACGCGAACUUUUGCGUGGAGUACGGAGAACGUUUUCAUUGAGAGAUCCAUUUUGUAAGCUGCACCCAACCUAACACUAUUGUCUGAUUAUUAUCUGUAACACAGACUGUGUAUAUCCUUUUUUUUUUCUGUAAUGUUAUUGGGAUACUGGGAGUGUGAAAAACGGGCGCGUGACUUCUGCAAAGUUUAAGUUUUUUUCUUUUAUUCCGUUAUGUAAAAUUCGUGUGUAGCCGUAAAAUCUCUAGAGCUGCUGUACCGUGUUCCGCAUGAUGUAACACGUAACACUCGUAACGCUAUGUUGGUAUCCGAAAAAGGACUGUGUGUUUACACGCUUCUUUUUAUACAUAUAUAUAUAUAUAUCGCAUUUGCAUUCAGGAUGUUUGAAACGUAGAUUCAUUAUUGAUAGCUGCGCGAUGUAAGAGAAUUCUUCGAAAAAAUCACGCGAAAAAUUUUGUGUUGUGAAGACAGUAUCACACAUCUCGUUCGAGUUGCAAUGUACAAUCGAGCAAAAUACAAAGAUCUACAUUGCUACGAUCUCUGUUGCAACACCAAAGUAAAAUGUAAAAGUAUCACAUAUAUAUAUGUGGGUGUAUGUAAGAGAAUGAGAGAGAAAGAGAGACUAGAAAUCUAAAGCUGCCUUUCAAACACCCUGAAACACCUUUCUUGCGUUCAAAUGUACUUUUUUAUGUAUUUUAUCUUGUACAUUUUACCGAAAUCAUGAAACGUCGCAAACGCGAAAGGGUACAUCCGAAGCAAAGGAUCAGCGAAACGAGUGCUGCUUCUAGACAAGGAAAUUCUCGUAAAGAGAUAUGAACGCUAGCUCAAACAAAUAGCACGUUCGGGCCUUUUUUUUUUAAGUGUGCGUGCGAAACGGCCGCUCUCGUUUUUGCGGAGCGACACGGGAAAUGUAACGAUUCUAUUGAGAAAGUAUAUCAUAGUAUUCUCUUAAUUUGAUCAUUAAAGAAAUUAGCGAUUCAUUUUUCUCCUUUUUUAUACUUAAUUUAUAACACUGCACAUAAGAGUAACAUCUUGACGAAACUCUCAUCGGAGGAACCUGCAGCGCGUUAUGCAAGAAUUCUCGCUGCUUUUACAGAUCGUUAUUUAUCAUUUUCUACGUUUCACUGUGAUGAACUUCUUAGCCGACAUGUAUUUAAAAACACCACACAACUCACGGAUAUUCGAAAUAGCGUAAUUGUAAGCGUUUCUAAGAGGACAGGCCGAACUUUCUACUACGUGGAUUAUUUAAUAAAUUUCUCUUUAUGUUGAAAGAGAAGAAGGAACUGUUAUACGUUAUAUUAUACAUUAUGUGCUUAAAUUAUCAGUGAGAAUCGUCUAUGAGUUCAGACGUAAUUAAGGUACAGAUUAGCUCUGAAAGGGAAGAAUAAAUCGUAAAUUAUAAGAAAGCAGUAAAGUAUCGUGACGUUCGCAAUGUUGCAUUAUAUGAAGUUUGUCAGUACGAACAUAAAAUAUAACGAUACACCAAUUUUAAGCAUUUAUCUAAAAUUGGAUGAUAUAUUGUGGCAUGACGCUGUAACGUGGCAUUUGUGUAUAUCGUUAAACCCAUUAUUUUGCAUUAUAAAUUGCACGAAUCAUUAAGGAUUUUGACUGACUAAUUGAUGCGCAGAUAUGUCGGAAAGUACGAAAGUGCUUUGUGCCGCGUGAUUGAUUUGUAUCGGUUACGUGACAGAAGAAAUUUCGUCGUUGCGCAGUGGUAUUUACGAAGAUUGAACGCGUAAAUCAAGCGAGAAAAAGAAAGACAGAGAGAGAGAGAGAGAGAGAGAGAGAGAAAGUACAUGGUACGCAUAGUAUUUUGUAAAACAGAUCUAAAUAUGGCUGUAUAUACAGACCGCUCGGUGGCGCAUAAUCGUAAUUUUAAUAUAACGCAUCUGUGAAAAAUGGUAUUCCAAAUUAUUACACUGCAAACACGUCGAGCGUUUUUUGCUACUUACGUCUAUAGUCGCGUUUACUUGAAUCUGUUGGGAAUAAUCUCGUAUAACAGCAUGUUUUGUCAAACGUGUUGUUGGAGACGGUUGCGAGAGCGAGAGAAUGUGUGUGUGUGCAUGUGCGUGUGUGUGUCUGUGUGUGUCACUUACAAUAAAAUUCAAAUCGAAUUGUUGUAAAGAGCAUAAGAGCAUCACCACCAUAGAUCUGAUUACCGAAGAGAUAUUUUACAGACAGAAAGAAAGAGAGAGAAAGAGAGUCGCGGAUAUCUUUGUACGCCUAAAGGUUGGUGUUUGCAGUAUCGUUGCAAUAUUAUAGUCGCGUUUGUUCCUGACUGCAUUUCUCUUCAGUACUGUCUUUUCUAGGUGAAUAGAUAAAGAAAGAAUGAAAAGAAGGACACGAUCGUCUCAUUAAGACACUCUGCCGAGUCACAAGUGAACAGCACGCUAGCAAUAGAUCUUUCGUAAUAGAAGCGGCGAUAACGAUAUUUUAUACAGUCUGCAAGAGAAAAGGAAAGAGGUAAAGUGAAGAAAGAAAUGAGAGAUUUCUCUCCGAGAGAUCAUAGGUGAUUGUUGCAAUCUUGCAUUGUAACGUAACUGAAGACCGUGGAAAUCACAUUUUGUUGUUUAUAUAUAUACGUAUAUAUCAUAUACAAAUUAUAUAUAUAUAUAUAUUUCGUUAUUAGGUUCCUUGAUUAUUAAAGGCAAUCUUGAGAUGAAAGAUGGCACGGUAUAAAGAGACAGAGAAAAGACAGUUGAGAUAAUGAAUUGAAAAGUGAACUCGUGUACCUUUCCUUUUUUCAAGAAAAAAAAAUUACACAAAAGUUUAUCAGAAGCGAGAUCGCGUCUAAGUUAUCAAUAGUAUUAAUCACAGCAGUAUCGGCACGCGCGACGAAUCGGGAGCCGGCACGCGAUUGCUUGUAAUAGAUUGUAAAACGAGACUUUUGCGUUUUUGUAGAGCUGACUUUAUAAAGGAAACUGCUCAACUGCGAUUGUAAAUUUGACUAUUUGAUAGUUCAUUUCUAGGGCGAGCGAUGAACUAAAAUGCGAUGCAGGAAGUAUGCGUAAAGAAAAAUGAUAAUAAAAAGCAAUACAAACGGA